GGUCAUCUCUCAUGACGACAGAUAAACAUUCACAUAAAUGCACAGGCUGUCAGAGCCAUGACCUCCUUUUUUACUUUCUUCUGUGAGUACUGUGCCAAGUUCUCCACCUUUGCAAAUAAGAUAAGAGCACAACUGCAAGAACUCUCCCAGCACUACGGACAACAAAAUGGAAGAGACACUGGAGAAAGAGAUCCCGCCAUCUGAAGUAAAAGAUUCUGAUGAAGGUGGAAUUCGGCUGCGACUGAGAGACAGAGACCUGUUGAAGAAACGAAAGGCUGAGGCAGAGGAAAAGGCAACCAACCAGUGGGUUUAUGGGGCACAAAGCCUUAAGAGAGUGAAAAAGAUGACCAGUGGUUCCCCAGGAAGGAAAGGUCGACCAAGAAAAGAACCGGCUGUAGUUAUUCCAGAAGAUCUCGGUCUGGCUCAGGAAACAGAUCCUACUCCUGUCACACUUCCUGUCCCAGAACCUGUGUUACCCACAAUAGCAGAGACAGUGCCUUUAGUACCAGCUGAGCCACAACCAGAGCCGGCGCCAGUGGAAACAAUUAGUGAAAAACCUCUGGAGUUUCUGAUUGAGGAUCUGGGGCCUGAUGAGGAGGAAGACAUGCCUCAAAAAAGCCUUAUCAUUGAUACAGGUGAUGACGAGCAGCCCAGGACUGACCUGAACAGUCAAGUCUCAGUGCCAGUGUAUCCGCCAGCAUCUGCUCCUUCUCAACCAGAGAGUCUAUCUGAGAAUUUAAUCAUCUGAGUGUCUCCUUUCUACAGAAAACUGAAUUUGAUCUAAUUUACCAUUUCAAAGGAUUUCUAAACCUAAACAAUAAAUGUAUAUUUAUUGAAAUUAUUCAUGUCUCCAUGUAUAUAUGCCUCCACUUAUCGGUAAUGUCAAAGAAAAAAAAGGAAGGGAAAAAACAUUCUAUACAUAUUGUUAAUAAAAUAAAAAUCUGAAAUUGUUAUAGUACUUUUAUGUUAAAACAACUAGAUCUUUGCCUUAAAACGAUAUUACGAAUAAUCUUUGUUGUUUGUACAACUAUUUUAAAAUAAAUUGGUUUUAUAUUUUG